CAGUAUAAGAGGAUUCAUCGCAUUGCUAAAGUGCCAGAGUAGUUAAUACGAGAGUUUAUUUUCUUAGCAGUUAAUAGGAAUAGUUCAUUGGAAUAGUUAAUAGGAAGUUUGUGGAAGUUUAUUGGAAGUUUGUGAAGUAAAUAAAACCAGAGGAAUGGGAUGCUGAAGAAAAUUGAAUUUCGACGAUUAAUUACAUCAAGGAAUAAUGUUCAUUAUUUUACUGCUAUUAUCGAUUCUUACUUUAUUAUUGUCGAAUUAUUACGUGCAUCAUACAAGAAAUGGACGACUUUUUAAUCUGAUACCAGGACCACCGGGUUUUCUGAUUAUUGGCAAUUUACUUGAUAUUCUUGUUUCACCAGAGGAAUUAUGGAAGUACCUUCAUUCCACAUUUGAUAAGUAUUAUCCCAUUACAGGAAGCUGGACUUUAUUUUACUUUCUCAUAUCUAUUCGUCAUCCAGAUGAUCUAGAGACAAUAAUGAGUAGCACUAAACACAUUGAGAAAAGUUCUAUAUAUGAGGUAUUACAUCCUUGGUUUAGCACAGGUCUUCUCACCAGCACAGGCACCAAAUGGCAAUCGCGGCGAAAGAUAUUAACACCUGCAUUCCAUUUCAAUAUACUGAAUCAGUUUGUUGAUAUCUUGAGCAAGGAAAGCGCUCGUAUGAUAAAGUCUUUGAAGGAAGAAGAAGGAGCAAUUGUGAAAGAUUUAAUACCAUUUAUUGGUGGACAUACGCUGAAUGUGAUAUGUGAAACUGCCAUGGGUAUCUCCUUGCAUGAUCUCGGAGCAUUUCAACAACAGUAUCGAGAGGCAGUUUAUCAAAUGACUGAAUUGGUUGUUUAUAGAUUAGUGAGGCCUUGGCUGUAUAAUAAUCUUUUAUUCGCAUUGUCUCCACAAGGAAGGAGACAAAAGAAGAUCCUGAAGAUAUUACAUGGAUUUACGGAAAAAAUCAUCGCAGAAAGGAAACUUUACCACGAACGCACUAAUGAUCGAUAUUUGAAAAAUUUUGAAAAAGAGGAGACUGAUGAUGCAGAAGUAUUCGGAAUCACCAAAAAACGACUAGCCAUGUUGGACCUCUUAAUAGCUGCAUCUCGAGAAGGAUCUUUGACUGAUUUGGAUAUUAGAGAGGAAGUUGAUACUUUUAUGUUUGAAGGUCACGAUACUACAGCGAUAGGAAUAACGUUUGCUUUGUUAUUAUUAGCUGAACACAAAGAUAUCCAGGAACGUGUAAGGAUUGAAGUAAAUACCAUGAUGCAAGAGAACGAAGAAAAAAUUACUAUGAAAUUGUUGCAAAAUUUACCAUAUUUAGACAGAUGUUUAAAAGAAGCGCUACGUUUAUAUCCUAGCGUACAUUAUAUAUCACGAUAUACUGCGGAAGAUGUAAAACUACAGUCAUAUGCAGUGCCUGCUGGAACGCGUAUACAUCUUAAUAUCUACGGAGUUCACAGAGAUCCUAAUUUCUGGCCAAAUCCGGAAGUGUUCGAUCCGGAUAGAUUUUUGCCCGACAGAAUUCAGAAUCGUCAUCCUUAUUCUUAUCUACCGUUCAGCGCAGGGCCGCGGAAUUGCAUAGGUCAACGAUUCGCUAUGUUGGAGAUGAAAGCUAUAAUAGCUCCACUUGUACAUAAUUUCUAUUUGGAGCCUGUCGAUUACUUAAAAGACGUUCAAAUGAAAGCCGACAUAAUACUUCGUCCUUCUUAUCCGGUUCAUAUAAAAUUCGUUCCAAUUAGAUGCUAAUGAUUGUUUAGAACGGGCACAGAUGUCGCAAAAAUGUAAAAAGUUGAUAACUUGUAAGAAAAGGAAAAAAAUAUUAUUACAUAUAAAUAUUAUAUUUAUUAUAUCGUGAAAAUAUACAAGGUGUUGAUUAAAA